GCUGAACCCACUGCUCAGUCCCAGCCUCCUUUGCCAUGGUGGCCGCCUACAGUGGAGCGGAGUUCGAAGAAAACACAAAGAAGGCGGUACCCAGCGCAGCGGCGAAGACGGGCCUCUUCGUGUUCUUUGUCUUCAUUCGGGCGGUGCAUCCAACAGUGAUCCAAGCCUCGAAGAGUGUCGACGAGAAUGGGGCCACCUACUUCGCCUACGGCCCCCAGACGGCCAACCUGGCGGAGGUCUUCAUCUCCAUGAUGGUCGCGCAGCUGGUGGCGCUGAAGUACGGCCAGUGGCGUCACAUCUGGCGCUGGGAGCCGCUGCGGAUCUUCACUCUGGUGGGGUUCCUCUUCGGCUUGGGGGACUACUUGGAGAUGAGGUCCAUGGUAGCUCUGGGCAGCGGCUCAUAUCAGAUCUUGCUCCAAUCCCGCCUGCUGAUCACCGCGCUGAUGCUCUGGGCGGUGAGUGGCAAGGGCCAAAGUCUCUUCCAGUGGAACUUGCUGGCCCUGGUAGUCUGCUCCAUGUCGGUCUACAUGUGCUUGGAUAUGCAGAGCACUGGCUCUGGCAACAAGCUGCUGGGGACGCUGAGCGUUGUCCUCAAGGUGGCUGUCUCCUGCUUGGCGGCGGUGCUCACGGAUCGCUACACCAAGCAUUUCGCAGACCCAGUCUAUAUUCAAGCCAUCCAGCUGCGAUGCAGCCGGUGCUUGCUGCUGGGGAUCUUCGUUUGCUUGGACGGACAGACUGUGCAGCAAGGCUUCUUCCACGGCUGGGAUGCCUGCACCGUUUGGGUGGCCAUCACCCACCUUCUGAAGGCUUGGAGUACCCUGUACCUGCUGGUGUACCUGGACUCCGUGCUAAAGAACCUCGGGGAGUCCCUAGCCGUCUUGGUCACCUACCUCAUCGAGGUUCUGCUGCCGACCUUCGACACUCCGUUCCACCUGAGAACUCUAUUGGUCGUGGUUGUGGUCAUGCUCUCGGUGAACGCGUACAUCAGCUCCAAAGCGGUGGUGGCCAAAGCGGAAAAGCUCUCGCUGCCAUGACGCGUUUUCUGGCGUCCCGUUUCGGUUUCCGGCGGUGGCUGACCGAAUGGGUCAGGUCAUGCACUUCGGGCCCGUGGUUCGACCAAGGCACCCAACACGAGUUUACAUGAGCCACAAUCAAAACCCGGG